CAACGAAGAUGUUGACGUCAUUUUUAUGCGCCUUUACUCGGAAAGCUUUUUGUUUUGUUGAUGUUCGCUUUCUGUGGUGUUUUUGGCAUUAUGCAGGAGUUUGGCUACAUUUAGGAUUAAUGCAUUUAAGUAAUAACCUAUUUUCUACGAUAGUGUUCCGUACGUAGCCGAUUCUGGUAAGUCUAUUUUUAUUACUCCCAGUGUGUGAAAUUGAUCCUGAUGGCGAAUGACCGACUGCGAGCUUUGGAAGAGGUUGAGAAUCAAAUUGCAACCAUUCUGCAGUGCGCCGGCAACGUUGUGUUGGAGCUGUCUAAAGACAAGCACAAUGCCAGUUUCCUGGACAGACAGCUCAGCCAGUUUACUGGAUCCGUCAACAGAGUGGAGACUGAGCUCAGCUCACAAAUCAGAUACCUCACACAGGUAACGCACGCAGACACAGUUGUACGUUUACUGGGGCCGUCAGAGUGGAGACUGAGCUCAGCUCACACAGGUUGCCACAGGCCAGCCCCACGGCUCCACAUACUCGGCCAGGAAAGACUGUCAAAUGGCCUUGAACCGAGCAGAAUACACCAGGGUCAAACUGGGAGAGCUGGGACGCACCUGCGAAGUCAUGCUGGAUCCACAACCCUGAGAGAACACACACGGUCGGUCGGCACUCGGGCAGAGCGCAGUAGGGGGAUGUUUCCUUCGCUCGCUGUCACCAUGGUGUUUUAGGACCACCUGCCGAAGAGAGGUGGGGACUGAAAUACUUCAUUUUUGUUUUGUUUUUGUAUGAUAUCAGUCAUGUAUCUGGCAAUGUUCUGUAAUAAAGUUAGUGUUUCAUUCCAUUA